AUGAUCGUUCAUUUGGAGGAUGGGACGGUUGGCUUCGUUGGUGGUGCUGCUCAAUUACAUGCUCGUGGAAUGCUGGACAGUUUGUUACAGUCUUGCAGACUAGAUGAAGUGGAAGGAAACGAGGAGGUUACAUUAGAAGACGUCCCGUCGUUUCCCCUCGAACACCUUGAUCAGCCUAAUGGUCCUGUUAUAUCACAAAGUAGGCCGGGGACUGGCAAGGCGCCACGACCGUUUCUGAAAAAAGAGCAAGACAAGACGAACAAAUCCUCUCUGCGCCUUUUUAUCCAGUAUCUCACAGCAAGUGAUGCAUGGUGGCUGUGGGCUCUAGUUGCCGUGAUUAGUGUGUCACAUAUGGCUCUUAUACUCGCAAGGAGCUGGUGGCUACGUGUCUGGAUCAACCAUGAUACCGAGAUCAUUAUCAAUGCACCAAACAUGGUAGUGGGGAAUGGCAGCUUUCAUUUUUGCAUCUACGUGGCUUUCGCUAUCUGCGAGUGGCUUGUGGGCGCGAUGUGUCUACGCGGUAUACUCAGCGCACCUCUCCAAUGGCUUGACACAGUUCCUGUUGGCCAGAUUUUGAAUCGCUUCUCGGUUGACUUGAACAUCGUCGACUCUCGAAUCUGUCUCUCUCUGAUCCAAAUACUCGUCGCCGGCCUGGAAUCUGGCAGUGUGAUUGUCGCCGGCAUUAUCGUGAACCCUCUGUCAAUCAUCCCAAUCGUUCCCCUGGCAUCGGCAUGUGUCUACUUCAGCCGUGUGUACCUUGUCGCGGCGCGGGAGAUGAAGCGCAUGGAAAACAUCGCUCGCAGUCCAAUUUAUGAGAAGUUCAACUCCUCGCUCACUGGACUUUGGACUAUCCGGGCCUAUGGAAAAUCGGAAAUCUACAUUGAGCAAAUGCAGCAACUUGUGGAUGCUCACGCUCGGGCAUAUUGGCAUCAGUGGCUGUUGACACGCUGGCUCGGAACGAGAAUCAACAUCACCGGAGCGAUUUUUACCACAUGUGUUGCUGUCUUGGUGACCCGCCAGAAUGGAGUAGAUGCCGCCUCGGCGGGCUUUGCGAUCGGGUUUUCAAUUCAGCUGUCCAGUGCCAUCACUCAGUUAAUUCAGGUUUACACUGGUUUCGAACUGGACUUGAAUUCCGUCGACCGCGUCCUGGAGUACUCUGACGUGGAGUCAGAACUGUACGAGGGGAUUGAUCCCCCCACCGCGUGGCCAACGGAGGGCCGAUUGGAUAUGGUCAACCUGGCAGUGAAGUAUGCACCUGACCUGCCGCCGGUUCUUAGUGGUGUUAACGUGAGCAUUGACGGGUAUCAACGCGUCGGUAUCGUUGGCCGAACCGGCGCAGGCAAGUCGUCGCUGGCUCUCGCUCUCUUCCGAUUCUUAGAAGCCAGCCAAGGCCAGAUUCUCAUUGACGGAGUCGACAUUGCAAAGAUGACGCUGACCCAUUUGCGUGGCCGACUGGCCAUCAUCCCACAGAAUCCAGUGCUAUUCUCAGGAACUGUUCGCUCCAAUCUGGAUCCAUUCCAAGAAUACGAUGAUGACGAACUUCUCUCUGCUCUGGCACAGGUCAAGUACACGACCUCUGCGGCAAAAAUACUAUCAUCAGAACUCGAAAUACCCAUUUACAAGGGAGGUUUGAAUCUGUCUCAAGGCCAGCGUCAGCUCCUUUGCCUCGCUCGUGCGAUUGUCUCCAAUCCAAAAAUCCUCAUACUGGACGAAGCCACUUCUUCGAUCGACCAUGCGACGGAUGAGAAGAUUCAGCAGGCCCUGCGGGCAAAAUUUGGACGUGGUUCUUCAACCCUUCUAGUGAUUGCCCACCGCUUGAGCACGAUUGCUGACUUUGAUCAUAUCUUGGUCUUGGAUCGUGGCACCGCGGUGGAAUUUGGGUCUCCUAGAGACUUGAUAAACCUGGAGAAUGGCAUCUUUCGAGCAAUGGUAGAGAAGGAUUCAGAGAGGGGCCAAUUACUUCGCAUUAUCUCAGGAUAA